ACCAACUUGUUUACAAAUGGCUGUGGAACGGUGCCUUUCGAUUGACAUUUUAUUGGAAAUGGAGGAGGCCAUAUAAGUAAUACAGUUCUUAAAUCAAGCACACAUUACUUAUGAGUUGUAAUGGCCGCCUCUAAACAAGUGGACGCUACAGACCAGCAGGAGACACCCCUACCCCUGGGCUGGCAAAAGGCUAAAGCUGUCACGCCCGACCGUAGGGCUCAGUUCUACUAUGUCAGUCACAAUGACUGCUAUACUACUUGGAGUGAUCCCAGGAUUUAUGACUCAGAACCAGUCCAGCAAGAGCAGUCUGUACUGGAAUACAUAAUAAGAGCGUAUGACUUUCUCAAUGCUAAACGUGGUGACAGGGACCGUCAGCGCCAAGAAUUUGAGAAUAACUGCAGGCAUUGUACUCAAGUGGGGAAUGAGGAAAACCUUCGAGCUUGUCUUAACGCCUUGCAGGAACAGAUUUGUGUCAAGAAUUUCCUUCCACCACAUUCAGUACCGGGAGAGAUGGUUGCCAAUACGUUUAAACAACUUAAAAGGGUGAUACAAGUGUGUAUACGAGAGGGACGGGUCACACAGGAAACCUGUCAGGACUUGUUGUUCGAAUUCCUCCUGAGUUUGUUACGGUACGGACCGGGAUCGUCUACUUCUUGCUUCAUUGAUGAAAUAUUGAUCAGAACAGAAGACAUGCAGGAGUACUUGCAGGCUUUGAAAGGGGAAGGACUUACCAGAAUGAUUGACAGUUUGAAGGUGUGGCAUUGUGUACCUGAGGAUCCUAAGAAAUUUGUGGCCAAAUCACAUUCUCACUUCUGGGGAGACUGUCUCCCCGAACUCAUCAAAAUCAUCCUUGGUAACUACAAAAGUGACAAAGUUUAUGACCCAGAGAUUCAUCAACAGUUUCUGGAUCUGUACCUGUUCUACUUCACAAAAAUCACUGAGGUACCAGAUGACUUUGUCUCCCAUUUACAGUGUGCAAUGAAGAGGAUAGCGAAAGCUUACCCUGGCAAACAUAAUGACAACCCAUAUCAAGUUCUUCAAAAUCCAGAUAUUUUCCAGAGACAUUGGCAAACUGUAGGAGCCACAAUUAGCAGCAACAAAUUUCGAGAAAGACAUGCUGAUAUAUCUAGGGACAUUGUCAAUAAAAUGGUUGACAGUUUUAUAAAUAUAAGAUGGACAGUUGUUUUAUUGGAUGACAUCAUAGACCUUAUGAAGAGAUUCUUUCUUACUGAUCAUGGUCACAUGCAUAAAGUGUUAUCAAGGAUUUUAUAUCUUUUGAAAGAAACAACAGCGAAGACCUAUGAUGAAAACCCUCAGAUCAUGAACAAAAUGCUUGCAAUGUUCCAAGAAGUCUUGCAGAAGAAGCCUGAACAUAUGUCGUGGGCAUACGAUUAUGUCACGGUCUUGAGUGACAAGUCCAGUGCAAGGAAGGGAACAGAACAGGUAUGGUUUCCACUCAUGAAGGUACUGAUGAGAACGAUGCACAGGCAAGGAGUGUACCGGUGCUGUGAUACAUUCAGUCAGCUUAAAUUUAAGAAGAUUUGGAAUUGGAAACAAAAUUACCAAGAGGCCCUAGAUAUCAUUGAGCCUAUAGGAGAGGCACACCUACACUUGAACGGAGAUGACUAUGACGAAAGAUUUUUAAAAUACUGCGGGGACACAAUCAGGACCCUUCUGGAUCAGUUCAAGUUUGCAAACAUUCCAGAGAAGCUGAAUGGACGCGUAGCUGAAUUGGCCAUGACCUUUAUGGAGAAAAGGUCAAAACAACUGAAUAGAUUUGUUGGAAUAUUUAUCAGAGAUGUCACACUAGAGGGAAACCAGGAUGUGAUUCCUGGCCUGAUGAAGAGAUUUGCAGUACUCUUCUAUGACAGAGACUACAUGUACAUGUUGGAUGAAUAUAACAGAUCUUCGUUUGCAUGCAGCUUCAUGGAGAAUGCCAUAGGAGCCUACAGCUUUGGAAAAGAAAUACCAGAUGAUGUCAACAAGACGUUUGUAGAGAUGUUUUUGUGGGUGAUGCAGACAGAGGAUUUGGAGUACACGGACAUGAACCAUAGCGACAAAUCUCUGUAUGGCCGUACAGCCAGUAGGUUCUUGGAAAUGUUUACGAGUAAACAUAUUGGGAGACACACAUCUGACAUAUUAUUGCCACUGAUGCCGGCCCUAGUGAAACAAAUGAAACAUGAGGAGAAAGAGCUUGUGGAGACGACUCGGACCAUUGUCUGUAUGAUAAGCAUACAUGACUACAAAUUACUGGAGGGACAUCUGGAGGCUCUCGUGGAGUGGUACAAAGAAACGCAAUCCGAUCUUGCAUUGAGAGGACUGUGGAAGCCCCUCGAGGAAAGUGAUGGUUUUACAACUCCAGAUUUUUACGUCGUUAUGAAAUCUAUAGCGGAGGACACUAGCAAUUCCAAAGCCUAUUUACACGGAAUGCUGUUAAAGUUAAUGGCUGAAAGACAAGCUGAGCUGUUCACUCAGGAACAUGUUGACAUGAUGAUUAGGAGGUUUCUAGAUGAGAAGCUAUCACAAGGCAAUGUUUUAAUGGCUCUUGGCGAAAUAAUGGCCAUUAAACCCGAGAUAUUUGGAGACAACAUGAUCAAACACGUCCUACAGAAUCCAAACUUAGAUGUCGUGAAUGCUUUUUCGGUCCACGUGAUAGCUGUCAACUUGGGAUUGAAGAAAAAGGAUUUAGUUAACACCAUUUUUGAAGAGCUUCUUGCCCUGGCAAAAAGUUGGUAUAAUCCAAAUCAUCAGAUUUAUCUGUUAGACUCUGUCCGCAUUCUAGGGUCUAAAUAUGGUGUAGAAACACUUAGACCUCAUCGAAAAUACUUCGAAGAGUUGCAGAAAUAUGGAAUGACUUCCCCUAUCAAAGAUACAUCAGCUGCUAUUGUAAACGCAAUGGAUGGAAUCAGUAUGGAGGGUGUCAUCACAGAUGUUAUACAAACAAAGAGGAAGGCCAAAGUCCUUGAUGAGAAAGUCAAAAAGGCAGAAACAGAAGUUAGUGGAAUGAAAACAACAGUUGUUAAACAAAGCAAAGACAUCAAAGCUGCUGAGACUGGACUUAAAACCAUUGAAAAAACGGUAGAUGUUCAAGAGAGAGAAAAAACAGAUUAUGCAGAUAUUGCAAGGACACCAGAGGGAAAAGAAGAAGCACACCAACUGGAAGAAACACAAGCUUGUACUCAAAAGGUGUCGCUACCUAAAUCUGGGGAGAAAAAUAAAGAUGAACAAGCAAAAUGUCUAGAAGACGAUGACGAUGACGAAGAAGAAGAAGAGGAAGAAGAUGAUGAAGAAGAAGAAGAAGAUGAAGAAGAAGAAAAAGAACCAGAAGAAGAGCUACCACCAUCUUACAAUUCGUUGUUUUCUCAAGCUUCAAGUACACAAACUACAACAAAAAUGAAACCUUCACCCAAGUCCACGCCUCAAUCAAGUAAGAAAUCUUCACAACCUCCACCACCACCAUAUCCGUACCGCCAUCUAUAUGUAGAGACUCCAUCACAGCCUACCACAGAACCAGAACCAGAAAAGAAAAAAAAAACAUCAUCCGCAUGUGUAAUUGCUUGAGGCCUUUGUUCCUGGUUAUAGAGGAUAAUUGAACAGAUUUCUAUUUGAAAAAAGUUUAAACUUCGCUAAACCUCCCCACGGAAAAUGUUAAAUUGUGUCGGGUGUUAGAAACAGAGUCUUAAUAUAGGUUGAAUUUUUAAUGCAUAUUUUGGUGAAUUGUUCACUUGUUUGUCUCCAUAUCGUUUGCUACGUGUUUGUAAAUACUACCAGAAAGACCUGGAGCAUACUGUAUACCAGGACAUUUUCGCUGCAGUUUAAUUUUCACCCUUCGUUAUGACAUUUAGAGUUAUAUAUGUUUCUAUAAGCUAGUUGUUGCACUUUGUUUACCUUUGUAGAACGCCUGACUAUCUCUGGAGGGAGAUGAUACAUGAUGUCAUUGCUCUUUAUUUUGAUGACUCCUUAGUUCGUCUAAUUGUCCAUAAUUUUUGCGUUGUGUGUUGACGUUCAAGUUCAAGUUCUUUAUUACUUUAAGUCGGUUGACUUAUCAGUUAUAACAUAUAUACAGAACAAUAUGAUACAAAGACAACAUACAAUAUGAUACACACACACACACACACACUUUGGAGAGUGAACACUAACCAGCAAUCAGCUCAGAUCUCCUUUUGUUUGCUUGUAUUAAAUACUUGCCAAGAUUUCUAAUGUCAGAUACAUUCUCACAAGUAAGUAGUUCAAUUAAUUUAUAAAUGCUUGUAUGUCUUACAUAAUAUUUCUGAAUUAGUUUCAACCUUAUAUUAAUAUAGCAAGGACAUUUUAAAAUGAAAUGGAACUCGUCCUCGACAUCAUUCAGGUCACAUACUGUACACAAUCUGUUUUGUCUAUCAGUUCUAUUAUUUCUGCCACACUCAAUAUUUAACUUAUGUGCAGACAUUCGAAUUUUACAUAUUUGUUUUAAAUAAUUUAUAUUUACAGGUUUUAAUAAAUAAUACUGGCAACCAAAAUUACACACAUAUUGAUACAAUGCUCCUGUAGGAGAUGAUUGAAUUUUUUCAAAACAUUCUUGUUUGAAUAUGUCACAAGGACAUUCUUUUAUAAUAUGAAAAGUGUUAUUAUUUAAACUGGAAGAUUUCGAAGACCAAUUCUGUAUAAUUCUUGUUUUAUACUCAUUAACCAAAUGUCAUUAUUACAAAGCAUAUCAUCAUAGCAUGACCUUAGAAUACAAUUUCCUACAUUUCUCAGUUUUAUCCAAUAUUUAGAUAUACAUAAUUUUCUAACUAUUUGCAUGGGGUAUCUUCCAAGUUCAUAAUACACCAUAACAUUACUAGUUUUAUUAUGUAAUCCUAAUAUUUGUUUGCAGAAUCUCGCAUGCAAUCUUUCGAUAUCUGGUGCGGUAUGGAAGCCCCAAAUUUCUGCUCCAUAACUUAAAACACUAUUUACAUGAGUAUCAAAAGCAGACAAUUGAGUUUCUAUAUUAAAAUAUUUUUUCUUACAAACAUUUAAUAAUGCAAACAAUGCUUUUCCCCCCUGGUCAGCAACUUGCUUUUGAGUUUGUCUAAAUUUUCCAUUAAAAUUCAAUAGUACACCCAGUUAAUUGAAUUGAUCAACAACAUCCAGUUUAUUUCCUUCGUAAAACCAUAUUUCAUUUCCCCUUAAUCCCCCCAUUUCUAAACACGACAAUUUUAGUUUUCCCAGUAUUUACAGUCAAAUCCCAUUUUUUUGUAUAAUUUGCAAGAGAGUCUAACGUUGUUUGCAAACCCUCUGGUGUUUCAGAUAUAAAUACCAUAUCAUCUGCAUACAUAAGUAAAAACAUAUUGAUAUCCUGUAUUUCAAUGGAUGGACAAUUAUCUGAUAAAAACUGCAUUUCACAAUCAUUAACAUAUAUGGCAAACAAAAGGGGUGAUAAUAUUUCCUCCUGAAAUAAUCCGUUUUCAAUAUAAAAAAAAAAUCAGAGAAAAUACCAUUAUAUUUAACACAACAUUUCACACUUUUAUAUAAUGAUCUGAUCACUUUAAGAAUUUUACCUUCAACGCCUUCUUUUAUCAUUUUAUACCAUAAAUUCUGCCUGUUAAUAAAAUCAAACGCUUUUGUAUAAUCUAUAAAACAACAAGAGUGACGUUUUUUCUCUUUUAAAGUACGAUUAGUUGAAGAUUGUGAACCGAAAAUGGGGUCUACAGUAGAAGAGUUUUUUCCUAAAUCAAAAUUGGGUUCUGUUACUUCAUUAUAUUUCAUUUCAAACGAUACAAGUCUUUUAUGAUAGCAGUAACAAGUUUACCAGCACAACUUAACAAAGUGAUACCUCUAUAGUUGUCCGUGUUAUUAAUAUCACCUUUUUUAAAAACAGGAACUAUAUUACCAAGUGACCACGAUGACGGGGAAAUAACCAGACUUGAAUAUUUUAUUGAAUAAUAACAAUAAACAUGGCAUUGAAAUAUAUUUGCAGUUAAUAAAAUAUUCAUUAAAAAUUCCAUCUUGUCCACAAGCUUUGUUAGCUUUAAGAUUUUUAAUAGCAGCCAGAAUCUCAAUCUCUGUUAUUUCUAUACCUAGUGGUAUAUAUUUCUCUUUUACUUUCUUCAUUGUAAACAAAACGAAGUAAGUAUUCAUAACUCCGUCGUAUUCUACGCAUCCGUGUAAUAUCCCCGUCUAUCCUUGCCUUGUAUCAAAUCCUUUGUAUGCUUCUUUUUAUUUUGUUUACUUAAUAAUUAUUUAUAAAAUUAACAUGCAAGUGAUUACUGUAUGGUUUUUGUGUACACUGUAUAAACAAAUGUUAUCUUUUUUUACAUUUUUAUGUACUAUUGUUUUCUUUUGUUAACGGUUUUUUGUUUUCACAAAUAAGGUAUCGGGAUAUUAAAAUACUUUCUGUUUGUGACAUAGCUCUAUUUUCAACAAAUGAAUCUUGGUAAAGAUGUUUUAAUUUAUAUUUCAUGUGUUUGAAGUAGAUAUUAAUUUUAGAAUUAAUUACAUAUAAUCACAUUUUAGGAUCUACGUCUGCAGUCCAGAAAUUGGCGCUAUCAUAAAAUGGCAGAUUAUUGACAUAUUUAAGCAUACCUUGAAUUCGAAAAGGCUACUUUGAUACUAUUAUUUGUAUAUUUUGGCCAACCGCAGGGGAACGACAUGAGGAUAGUUUUUGAACAGGUCUGGAGUAGUAGGUGAAAUACCUCCGGAAAGUAGCCCCUGUCUUAAAAAUAAUUUAUCUUUUCGUAUAAUGUAAAGUAGUUUUUUUUACAUGUUUUAGAAUUCAUAUAUGCAAGUCCUUGUUAUGAGAUCAUUAUGUUAGAUCAUAUCUUAAAUAUGAGUUUUUUUAAUCAAGUAUAAUGUGAUGAUAUUUAUCGUAUUUAUAUCAAUUAAUAUAUCAAUAUAUUUGUUGGAUUUACACCUUUAAAUGAAUUAUUUUCAAAAGCUAUUAAUGUUUUGCAAUUUUUCACAAACUUGUAUUUAAAGAUAUAUUCAGUACUGAGUUGAUUCAAGUAAAGUGCUAAAUCGUCAUUCAGGUAAGAUCAUAAUGUGUUAUCAAUACACGAGUUCUCUGUGUGGGGACGUGACAUUUCUUGGAUUUGACCUAGAUUUACAUCGUGGGUGUCGUCGACGAAGAAGUAGAAGAUGCUUACACUUCCAAAACACCGGGCCUUAUUGUAUUGUUUUUAAUUUUGAGUUCGAGUUAUGGUUUUGUUGACACCUCUUGUUAUUCUUGUCCACUUUUUAAAAUUACCUCCAUGUAUGAUAUAUUUUUUCUUGAAAUCUAUUUCCAAUUAAGGAGAUCAAAUGGUUGAGUAUCGUAAAACAAUUAUCAAAGAUAUUUUCGUGAUAAUCAUUAAUUGAGUUGUUCUGUUUAGAAAGUACUCUGUCUUUCGCUUGAUAUAACUAUUUUGGAGUAAUUUACAUUUGAGCUAGCUUGUGGUUUCAAAACUACAACGUAACAUAUACACGUUGAAUGAGCCGCGAAAACCCCAACAAUAAAUACAGGGAGGUUUGUUUCUGAGGUUAAGUUUUUAUCUAUAUUACACAUGAUAAUAUCUGUUUUAUCAUUUUAUUAUAAAUGCAAUGUGAUACUUUAUCACACGACAAGGUAAUUAUUACUUCUUUUUUAAAUAUUUAUGUAUAGCGGUUCUUUAGACCCAAACAGUAGUAAUACUUUGGUACUGAUAUUAAUGCUUAGGAGUAUAAUUCAACAUAGUUUUUCUAAGGAUUGUCAUUCUGUGUUAUUUUUAUAUAAAUACAUAUUUUGAUUCGAACUACUUGGCCAUAUUACUCCAGGAAUGAUGUGUAUUUUUUACGUGUAUUUUUGAAAAAAUCAGAUUUACAUUUACAAAACGUUAGAAAUUGUAUACUUUUGUGCCAUAAUAUAUUUAUAUUAUAUUUCUUUUUGACAUUCUAAUGCAUUGUUUAUGUUAUACUUUUACAUUCCGUAUUGUAAUGCAAGCUUUUAGUAGUGUAGACUACUUAUAUAUACAUACAUGUAUAUAUAUAUUGCCUUAAGUGAUAAUGAACAGAUGAUGAAACAUGUAUAUAUGAUUUAUCGACAAUGUUGUCUUGUCAUGUGUCAUGAUAAGGUAAAGGAUACCACAAAUUUAAACUUUAUUAUUACCAUUUCCACUAUAACGAAAAUUUGUGCAAGUGCUUUUUAAAAGUAGCAUUCCUUAAAAAUCGCGCUUUGCCAUGCAUUUUACAGAAGUAUAGUUGUCCAAAGUUUGAAUGUUUGAAAUAGAAAUAAAAACAAUAUUUGAAACUACAGGGUCAUACCCGGUACGUUGCCAUUGCAAACCCUAUACUUUAUCUAUUCUGCCAUCCAGGAAUCUUUCUUACACUGCUUCAAAAUGAGUAUCCAAUUAAUAAACCGCAAAGUAUAUGGCUCUAAGCCAGAAAAAAAUUCCUUUUGGUUGCUUUCUAUUCUGUAUAGAAGAAAAAAUACUCGAAGUCAAAAAUGUUUCAGAGGAAAUCUUCUUCGUGAUGAAAACUGAUGCAUUGGUACCCUUUACCUUAACAUAUUGUGAAAUGUACAUACAACGCUGUUUACCUCUUACAGAAUUCAUGACAUGAAACUGUUAAAAACAGUUGUAGAUGUACCGUAGAUAUUUACUCACUUUUCAUAGUGUAUGUGAAAUAUUUGUUCUAAUCACACGUUAACUGCUGGAUUUGUUGAAAUUUACUUCAUUAUCAGUGACUUCGUACAGUUGAUCAACUGUCUUUGUGACAGUUGUGGGACAUACACCAAGUGCAGGUAGUGAACAGAAUUAUUUUUUUCUAACGCGAUUCAUGGAAUGACCUCAUGAAUGUUAAAAAAAAAUCAUUACAAAAUUUAUAUUUUUCAAAAUUUCCCUAUUCACGAAAAAAUAUCCGCCGCCACAUUUUUUAAGGUGUAAUUGCACAUUGCUCAUUUUCUGUAUUUUAUCAGCUGAAACAUCAGGUGUCGAGUUCUAGUUUGAUGAUAUCUAGGACCAAGAGUAGGACGUUGUUUACGGAUGAUAUAUAUUUAUAUUGAAACAUUGAAAUUUCCAUAAAAAAAACUUUAUUUCUUAUUUUAUCAUUUAGGA